AUGUCCACCACUACUACGCCUCCACCCUUGCCUGCGAUGUCCACCACUACUAUGCCUCCACCCUCGCCUGAGAUGUCUACCGCACAUACAGCUCCACCCUCACCUGACAGCAAUACUCUGCACAACAUCAGGGAUGUCUUCCAGAGUGGACACACAGAGAUUGCACUUCAAAGUAUCUGUGGUCCGUGUGGUAGUCGAGUAGCUCGAAUUUGCAUGCCUGCCUGCUGUGUCAAGCUUGUAGUGAUUUCCAUUAUAGAGUUAUUAGUUAGCGACCCGGCGAAGAAUGAGAUGUUCCACACCAUGCUCCGUGAAGUCAUUGUGGAAGAAGCAGAGCAGGACUACCAGACACGGCUUCAAGCAUAUGAGGCAGCUGUGGCCGCAGUUUCAAGUAACACCACUCCCACCAAAGGCACUGACACCACGACGGUCAUCGAUUCCAAGUGA